CCAUGGCUAAUACCAAGUUAACUAAAGCGAAGCAACAGGAAGGAUGUCCUUUCUGUGACAAGCCAGUAAACGAGCCUUGGCAAGAUCAUGUUAUCUUAUGCUCAGGCCAAAAACACAAAUGUCUGACGUGUGGAGUUCGUUUUAAGAAGAACAGCUAUCUUCUAAAACACAUGAAGAGACACGCUCAACCAGCUACAGUAACGCCACCGGCGAAAAAGCAGAAGUUAAGUCCCUCUCAGUCUGCAGAGAAAGCUCCAGAAAGGAUCGAAUCCACGUUCACGACACCAGGUUUAGAAGAAGAUGACAGCCCAAGUGAAUGGGAAACGCAAGAUCCUGGCAACCUGGAAGAAGUUCUAUUGGGAUCGUGUAGUGGGACAGAUGAAGAGGAAGAGUCAAUGGCAAAAGAUGAAGACAAUGAUCUAGAAAUCGGAAGAAUAGUGAGGAAGAAAACUCAACCUGUCUUGUUCACUGGUCGCAGAUCCGAAGAAACCAAUCGAGAUCAGAAAGUUCGUAACGAAAAUAGCAAUCUGGGGCCAUCUACAAGGGAUGUAGCCGUGCAAACAGAACCAAUUUUGUAUGUACACACCACGAAGAAAGUAACAACCAAGUGGGAGAAUGGAGUGAAAGUAAAGGUGAUUGAGAAGAAAAAGAGCCUGAAUAUGGUGUAGACACAGUGGGUUUGUUGUACGAAAAUGGUAGAUAACCAUUUC